ACAGGGAAGUGAGUGGCUUGAUAGCUUGGUAGAUAGAUGUGUUUUUGUUUGUGAUUAUUUAUAUAAUACAAAAAUGGCUUUAUUUUAGCGAUAUUGGUCUCUUGGAUGUGGAAUGUUUUGAAUCGUCGGUCAGUUUAAAAUUCGUUUCACCCAUUUCAUGUUUGCAGCUCUUUCGGCUCUUUUGUGUUUGUGUGUCGUUAGCCGUUAGCUCGUUAGCCGUUAGCUCGGUGUGGACCUACUGGCUUUGCUGAAGCCCGGUGUCUCUGUGAGUGGACGUCGGUCCUCUGUACAGCCUCUUCGGAGAUACAUCUGAUUGAUCCCAGCUGCCGUCCGCCUCUCCGUUUAGCUGUGACAUUAUGUACGCACCACCGGGAAACGCUCUGCCCGGGAACCGGAGGAGGCGAGGCGGCACGGCGCUCCCCAAACAGCCGGAGCGGAGCUUGGCGUCUGCGCUUCCCGGGGCACUCUCCAUCACGGCCUUAUGCACAGCCCUGGCAGAACCAGCCUGGCUGCGAGUCCACGGGGGCACCUGCCCCCGGCCAGAGCUCGGCGUGGCGGACGUCCUGGGGUACAUAGACGAGAAACUCAUCGAAGAAUACUGUGUCAACUCCCAGACCAUCCUGCUGUUGAGGGUUAUUGCCGCUUUCUGUUUCUUGGGCAUCUUGUGUAGUCUAACGGCUUUUUUGCUGGAUGUCUUUGGCCCCAAACACCCUGCUCUCAAGAUUACACGCCGAUAUGCCUUCGCUCACAUUCUUACAGUGCUCCAGUGUGCCACAGUGAUUGGAUUCUGCUACUGGGCCUCAGAACUCAUCCUCUCCCUUCAGCAGCAGCAUAAGAAGUAUCACGGUUCGCUCAUUUACGUCACUUUCGCCAUCAGCUUCUAUUUGGUGGCCGGUGCUGGAGGAGCCUCCAUUUUAGCAACCGCCGCUAACCUGCUCCGUCAUUAUCCCACUGAGGAGGAGGAGCAGGCUCUGGAGCUCCUUUCAGAGAUGGAGGAGAGCAGUGAAACUUAUCCAGCUGACUACGAUCUUGCCAACCAGUUUCAGCCUCCGCCUGCUUACACGCCCUGAUCAAAAACCAGCGUCCUUAUUUCUUUCUUGCAUCUUAUGCCUGUCCCUCCUUGAUUCAGGUAUCAUUAUUACUCUCCAGACAAAUCAUGGACUGAGAUACACAUAUUCCAGUGGCCAAGUAAAUUAAUGAAUUACUUACUCUCUCGUAUACAAAUAUGCCAUUGUCCAAUUUUCCUUUUCCACUGUUGCUUGAGUGCAUGGAACAAACUUGAGUUUCAUUGUGGCAGUGCAUCAAGAUUUGCUGAUUGUAACCAUGAAACCAUCUUUCCUUGCAGUAGUUUGCAUGUACAUGGCAAUAAAGGCCUAAAUUCCACAUACAUCUCCUUGAAAAUAUUUGAUGGCAUGCUUUCCCAUGCACUAGUCUGAAACACCAAGCAUUUCAGCAUCAAAUAUUUUGACAUAGAAUUUCUUGCUGCUUCUUGGGUGCUUUAAAUUGUUAGGCUUUGAGAGAUUCUUUACAUUUCUUACUGUUCUUUUUGUUAAGUCAGUUCUGUUAGGUUAUUUUUACAUUCCACAUGAAAAAUCUCCCAGGUUGUAAGAUUUGAGGCAAUAUUAUGGUGAAUUAUUUUCUUAAAUUGAGUGCAACACAGCUGGUCAAGUGUGGACGUCUUUAUUUUGGCUCAGGCCGGUCAUUUGCGUUGUCAUGCACGUCUAGUGUUGAGACUUUGUUAAUCAGUGGCUCUGAUUUCACAAAGGCCAACAUAGUUGGUUGUGAUUGGUUUCUUUUUUUUAAACACUGAACUCUAAGUAACAUGAUGAUGCCCAGCAUAUGAUGAUUUAUGUCAUUCAUAUUUCAUUAUGUUGUAUAGGAGGUAUAAAAUACCCUUCCUUCAGAAAAAUCAACCUUAGAACCAGUUUGUAGAUGUGCUGGUUAUAUUUAUUUUUGCCCCCUAAUUGAGCAUUCUUUUUUUUUUUCCAUUCAUUUUCAAGAUGUCAGUUCAUCUUUAACUCUUGUGUAAUUUUUUAAAUACAUUAUUUUUGCGAAGUGGUUAGUUGUAGAGUGAGCUGUCUUUUAAGAAAAUGCACAUAUACCCCAGAGAGGACAAGGUAUUUAUUUUACUUUUUUAUAUUGUUAAUUAUGAACUACAUAUAGUCAACAUUUUACUAAGCUCUCUGUGGAAUAGCCAGUUUUAUCAAAUUUGUCAACUGUAAUUUGGAAGUGUUCCAGUUUGCCAACUUAUUGUGAGUGUGUUCUUUAUUUGUUUAAGGUUUUAAUUAUAUCUUUUUUUUUUUGCUUUGGUAGUAAAUAGUGUGAUUUAGAUUGUCCAAGACUCAUCAUAUAUGCGACACAGUAAAAUGAAUUAGUACACAUUAAAUACUGGCUACAUUCACAUUUUCACAGUCUAAUGUAGCCUGAUAUGCUUAAAUUACUUAAGUAAUUAUUUUUGAUAUAUAAUGGCAUGUCCUGAUGAUGCCAUACUUGUAUUUACGCAGUGACAUCGGCAAUCUGGUUGUAAAAUUAAUUUUUCUCGCACAUUAUUUUCUUUGAUAUUGGGGUGAUUUGUGACAGUUCUGUUAUGCUUAUUUUUUUUCUUGUGUUCAUUUCUGCCAUAUCAUUUAAAACGAUGAGUAAUGCGUUUGGUGUGUUUUGCGGUAUUGUAGUGUGAGUGAGUGACAUUUGUUCAUAAACACUGUGCUUUAAUAAGACUUAAAGCUUGGUGGAGUUUUAAUGAUGCAGUCGUCUGGGCCAGCGUCUGGGCUAGACACGUUCAUUCAACGUCAGAGGGCAUAAUGUAAGGCUGAACCUGUCGUAAAGACACCAUACAUAUAAUCACAGGAACAAUUCCAUAAGUGGGAAUAACGAAUGAUAAUUAGCUGAUAUCAAUGUUUGUUUUUUCUUCACUGUGGUUUGUAUUCUGUAAAAAAACAUGUUUACCUGGUAGUGAUGGAGCGAAAGUAAGAAAGCAAUGCUUUUGAAGGGUUCUAUACUCUAUAUUUGUGAAUCAGUCUCCAUAGCAGUUUAACUCUCGUGCAGAUUCUUCAUUAAUUCUUCAUUGUUUCCCGGCUGACAUAGAAAAAUUGUCACAAGCUUCAAGAAAACAUUGGGUAUAAAAAUUGCAUGCCCAGAACUUACUAAACUCCAAUAAGCAUGCUUAGUCCUAUGGCGUGCUAAGAACAACUAGUCAUCAGUGUGGUUCUCUGACAUAUGGGUGUUUGGUAGAGCACACACUGAAUGUGUCUUGUGCACUUUUUCAGAGUGAACCUUUUUUUUUUUUUUUUUUUUUUGGCCAACACGGGAAGUAAUUGGAAUCCUCUACGGGUAGCUUCUUUGUACUGCCACAACAUAAAAUAUGACGACCAAAUUAUUUCAAUAUUGGAGCCCCUUUAUUCAUUAAAGCUGACGUAUAACAUGA